GCGAUGUCGGUUGCAACAGCUUACAGAACAUUGGGCCUAGCUCCGGGUGCCAGCAGCGAUGAAGUGCGUGUGGCAUACAAGCGCUUGGCAUUGCAGUACCAUCCAGACAAAAACCGAGCUGGCGUCGACACGACCGAAGUGUUCCAGCGCAUCAGUGCUGCGUACAAGCACAUAUCUGACACUUCACAGAAUCAACAUGAAGGAGGGGGCAGCAUGGAUGAUGGUGAUUUCGACGGAACAGUGCCGUUUGACGAGUUCAUGCAAAUGUUUGAAGCCAUGUUCCAAAACCCAUCGAUGAGUGCCUUCCGAACCAAGAAGAAGGCAAAGGGCAAGCGACCAGGGAUGCGGCGGCGAGGCGGUGGACGCCCAAGGAUGGACUUUGACGACAUUCUCUUCGCCGGAAUGUCUGCGUUUGGCGGCAUGCAAGACAGUCAGAGCUUCUUCGAUGCCAUGCCUGGCGAAUCGUUUGACGACAACGAUGACGACGAAUUGAGCGCACUCUUUGAAGAGAUGGCCCGCAUGCAACGCAGGCCAACAAAGUCCAAAUUCCGAUCUUCGAGUAGUAGUACUCUACUUCUGGAUGUAGAAGACUCUAGUUUCUCAUAUCUCAGACCGAGUAGGUCGCAGGAAGGCUGGGUAUACGCACAAGGCAGCCCAGACGGCAACAACAACCACAACCAACGAGUCGGAUGAGAGCGGCGAUGCGACCGACGACGCUCCGUCCACUUCGCCAACAGCAGCAAUUCAAAUCGGAGACAAAGUGGUGGUGGCUAUGUCUAGGCAGGGCACGGUGGCUUUUGUGGGGAACGUCCACUACUGCAAAGGUGACAUGGUUGGCAUCGUGUUUGACGAAGCUGUGGGCAAGAACAACGGCACGAUCAAAGGCGUCGAGUACUUUACCUGUGCUCCGCAACACGGACUCAUGGUGCAACUGUGCGACGUCGUUCGAGUAUAAUGGGUUUUUCCUUUAUUUAUUGCGAUUGUUCGAGUAGUAUACGCCUUGUAACAAAGCCAUAAAGUCGCUAAAGUCGAGCUCUUUCUUGCCAUGUCGGUCUUUGGCUUGGUAUAUUUUUCGGAUUUCAUCCAUGGACAGCGCCGGGGGGUCGUAACUGUUGUCCUGCUUGCACUGCACAGCGUCCAGCACUUCGUCCA